AGCACCUGGAAGAUUCGUCCCCAUUUUAUAACGGAGAUCGCGUUCUGCCUCCCCUAAUUACAAAUCUAUUUCUCUUCAUUUCCUUCCUCGAUUUACAGAAGUUCGAAGAUUCUCGUCGUCUCUCCGAAGCCUCGGUUUCAGUUUCGGUUUUGUGGCUUCGUUGAUGGGAAGUGGAAUUGGGGAGUCGCCUUCGUCCAGCAGGGAUCCGCAAAACUCUGCUUUCAGCGGGAACAAUGGCAAUAGUGAUGCAGGUAACUUUGAAUGCAACAUAUGCUUCGAACUGGCCCAGGAUCCGGUGGUGACCCUGUGUGGUCACCUCUUCUGCUGGCCCUGCCUUUACAAAUGGCUCCAUGGUCAUGCUCAAUCUUCUGAAUGCCCUGUCUGCAAGGCCAUUGUUGAAGAAGAGAAGUUGGUUCCCCUCUAUGGCCGGGGGAAGAAUUCUAUGGAUCCACGGUCUAAAACAACUCCUGGUGUGAACAUUCCUCACCGCCCUGCUGGGCAGAGGCCAGCAACGGCACCCCCUCCUGACCCAAACAACUUCCAUCAGGGCAAUCCUUGGUUCAUGGGUGGAACUCCGGUUGCCAACACUAGGUUUGGGAACUACACAUUCUCUGCUGCUAUUGGGGGCUUGUUCCCACUUCUUAGCUUUCAAGUUCAUGGGUUCCCUGCUGCAACUGCCACUUAUGGCCCUGGUAAUGGUUUCCCCUACGGGUAUGGUCAUGCAUUCCAUGGGGGGCAUCAUGCUCAUGGAUUUCCCCGAGAAGUUCACAAUGGCCAACAAGCUGAUGUCUAUCUGAAGGCGUUGUUAUUUCUUGUUGGUGCUCUGGUAAUUGCUAGCCUUGUUUGGUUUUAGCCAGUUUGUUGUCAUUUUCAUGCCGAAGCUGUAUGCAUUGAAGUACUGUCAUUAUUGGCUUGCUACCAUGAAUCACAAUGCUGUAAGUGUUAGUUUUUAGGUUGGUCGUCAAUAAAAUGAUCCAUUGAAUGUGACAAAUCACAACAUUUAGGGGUUUGGUGAUCUCAAUAAAAUUAUGGACACAUGUUUAGAUUUAAUUGUUGAAAAUAAGAAAGUUUCGAGAUGUCUUAGUA